GCACACAUAACUGAACUUGUACUUUGUGUGGCUAUAUAAGACACGCAACCACUCACCAUCCCUCUUUAUAACACCCCUUAACCUCUUUUCUGGCCCCACGAGAAUUCCUGCAACGAACUCGACUCGAAAAACUACCCAGACCACGCACCCCAUAGUACUUUCACCAUGCCGGGCCACCACAGAGCGAAGACGUUGGGGUUCGAUGACGAUGAGGUGUAUGGUGAUGACGAAGAGUAUGACGAGGAGGGAGAAGAAGGCGGUAAUGGUAUGACAGAAGAGGAUCGAGAGCAGCUGCGGGUAGGAACAAUAAAGGUCAAAGAGGCGUUGGAUUCAAGUGUCAACGUGUCAGACGCCCAGAUUCAGGAAGCGUUGUGGCAUUACUACUAUGAUAUCGGCAAAUCAGUUACGUACCUAAAGAACAAACAUGCACCCCAACCAAAGGCUCCAGCACCACCAAAGCAAAAGGCAGUUUCCCGCUUUGAUCAAGCAGCAAGCGCUGCCAAAACCCAGCCAAAAACAACGCCAGGACACAAGCCAAAAGCUGAGCAGAAAAUCCCUAGAGAUAGGCUCGCUGAGUCCGUAGAGAAAGUGAAGAUUGAAGAAGUACCCAAGGUGAGAAGCAAGAAUUUGAACGUCGUCGAGGAGUUCAGAAAGAGUGGGAUGAAAAGGAUGGCUAAUUUUGUCGUGAUUGGCCAUGUUGACCAUGGAAAGAGUACGCUAAUGGGUCGACUUCUUUACGACCUCAAAGUCAUCGACCAACGCUCAGUCGACAAACUACGAAGAGAGGCGCAGAAUAUCGGAAAGUCCUCAUUUGCUCUCGCGUGGGUCAUGGAUGAAACUUCAGAGGAGCGAAACCGAGGUGUGACAAUCGACAUCGCAACCAACUUCUUUGAAACCGAAAAGACGAGGUUCACAAUACUAGAUGCGCCGGGUCAUCGAGACUUCAUCCCGAAUAUGAUUGCUGGCGCAUCGCAAGCCGACUUUGCAAUUCUGGUUAUCGAUGCUAGCACGAACAGCUUUGAAUCCGGCUUGAAAGGCCAGACGAAGGAACAUGCGCUGCUCGUACGCAGUAUGGGUGUUUUGCGACUUGUCAUUGCCAUCAACAAGAUGGACACUGUAUCUUGGUCGCAAACGCGUUUCAAUGAGAUAUCGAACCUGAUGAUGGCUUUCCUCACUGCGGCUAACUUUUUGAAGAAGAAUCUCACAUUCAUACCGUGCGCCGGGCUUACGGGUGAGAAUGUGACUCGGAAAGUCGAGGAUCCGAGAGCGAGUUGGUAUACUGGAGGUACUCUCAUUGAGGCUGGAGAAGCACUUAAGGACUCCAUUGACAGUGUCGAGCCCAAGGAACGCAGUCUUGAGAAACCAUUACGGAUGACGGUCGAUAACGUCUUCAGAGGCGGCGUCACAAACCCGACUAGCAUAUCCGGCCGCAUUGACGCUGGGACUCUCCAAGUCGGCGACACUAUCCUCGCCAUGCCUGCAAACGAAACAGCAGUCGUGAAAGCCAUCGAAGUCGCAGACGAGCCCGUCGACUGGGCUGUCGCGGGACAAAUCACAACACUACAUCUCACGGACGUCGAUCCUGUGCACCUCCGUCUCGGCGAUGUUGUAUGUGACCCAAAUACCCCUGUUAAACUCACCAAGCGGUUCAAGUGCAAGAUACUAGCAUUUGAACACGUGUUUCCGAUGUCGGUGGAUGUCUUCCGUGGGAGGCUACAGACGGAGGGGAAAGUGAGGGAUUUGAAAGCACUGUUGAAUAAGAAUACGGGGGCAGUGACGAAGAGGAAUCCGAGAAUUGUGAAACCAGGAGAGGUGGCGAGGGUUGUAGUGUUGCUAGAGAGGGAGUUACCGUUGGAGGUUGGGACGAGGAUUGUGUUAAGGGAAGGGGGGAAUACGAUUGCGGCGGGGAUGUUGGAGGAGUGAGGAGGCUGAAGAAAAUAUCAAGUGUGGCUGGAGCAGAGGGAGAGGUAGGAGUGGGAGUGCUGUGGAAAAAGGUGUG